AUGGGGGAGAAGCAGGAGGAAGAAGGAGAAGAAGAAAAGGAAGGAAAAGGAGAAGGAGGAGGAGAAGGAGGACGAGAAGAAGAGGACGAAGACGGUUCCGCUCCCGUUGUCAGCUGGUUGCGAAUCGUCGAAGAAAGAGAGUGUCACGAAGAAACAGAUGAAGCUCCAGAGACAAAAAUCGCUCUUCCUUUCUCAGCCCAGAGAUCGAGUCGAGGCUUCGAGGCCCGUCAGGUGGAAGUCCUCGUCAGUGCAAACUCUGCCUUCCUUCUUUCUGUCCUCCUCGCUUCCCUCUUUCUGUCCUCCUCGCUUCCCUCUUUCUGUCCUCCUCGCUUUCUUCUUUCUGUCCUCCUCGCGCUCUUCAAAGACAAGAUGGCUGGAGACGCUCCCGCCGCCGCAGCUGCUCCGCAGCAAGCAGGCCGAACCGCCUCGGCUUCGGGUGUGCGUACACCCGGGUACCUCGACCUCGUGGGUCACAGCUUGAAGGCGACUUCGAUGGAUCACGGCAUGCAGUACAGCUCGAUUUACUGGGAAACCAGUCACCGGACUUACCUUCCUUUCUGGGCCUCUCUCACCCAGAAGUUCUCGUGGAAAAUCAUGGAUGACCAGAUCCGUUCGUUUCUGCGGCUGCCGAAGCCGGUGACGACUGAGCCGUUCGUGUUUUCGUCGGGGUCGCCGUACAUCCGGAGGUACUUUGGCGACGCAGAUAUCUCGGUGCCAGUGCCGCUGCAUGCUCCGGCGCACUUCGCGUUCGUGCCGACGGGGACAGUCUCGCCUUGGGAGGAGACUGGGAUGGAGACAGGUCCGCAAGGCGCCGCGGCCCGGGGCGCAGCGGCGACGGCCUUCAGAGCCGUUCUGGAAAGCGCUUGGAAGUGCGACAUCGACGAACAAAUCAAGGAGAAACUGCAUUCGCGUGCAGGAGCGGGCGCCUUCCACGCUUCUGGGUCUACUGGCGGCUGCCCCAUCCCCACGGAUUUCUGA